AUCCAAACUGCUCAGAGAACUCCUACUUCUUCUCAGCUGUCUGUGUUUCAUGGCGAAACAGGAUGGGAAGAGUCUCUUUCUGUGGUAGAGAGCGUACGGACAUCUGCACUCAGUCAGCAUAACCCUUCUUCCUUUACCAGAUUCAAGAGCACAUUUGGAAGAUUUGAGAUGAGAAGACGUCUUGCUGUGGAGUCCGGUACUGAGGCAUGUCUUUGAGAGAGUCACCUUUCUCCGAUGGUGUUUUGGAAGUUCUCCAUGCUGUAGGAUGGGGUCUCAUCUUCCCGUGUUACUGGUUCCUGGACCGCCUCAUCGCCAACUGUGUCUUCACCACUCUGGAGCGCAUGCAGAGGCGCGAGCAGCUCCUUCCACUUCAGGUCAUCUUCGGCUCCAUCCUCUUUUUCAUCUUAUUCGUAAUUUCCACACCCUUCGCCCUCCUGGGGUUUGUGCUAUGGGCGCCUCUGCAAGCAGUACGCAGGCCAUUCUCGUACCACCAACAGGUACCAAUUAUCCCCAUGGAGGACCGGAAUGCCCGGUGGGAGGAGACGGGUAAAGUCAGCUUCGGAUUCGUAUCGGCCAACCUGUGCCUACUGCCCGACAGCCUAGCGCGCUUCAACAACCUUGGACACACGCAGCAACGUGCCGAAAUCAUUGGACAAAACAUCGUCCAAGGUGUGACGCGCCCUCACAUCUGUAUUUCUGUGGAUUCUCCGAGUAGCUGCGGCACGGUGAUGCCAUCCAGCAGUCUGCUUCCACAGGCCGCCCCAUCCACGUAUGGAUCAGUAGACUCCAACGCAGGAGAGACGGGGGACGUUGAACCGGAUGGAAAUAUUCCAAAUAGUUCCACAAGGAAUUCCAAAGAACCCAACUGCAACCAAAACUCCAACCAGCAUGGCAGCCAAGUGCACAGACAAGGCGACAUUCCGAUGGAAGUGUCCGCUUUGUUCCCGCCCACUGUGGAUAUUGUGUGCCUGGAGGAAGUUUUCGAUAAGAGAGCUGCUUUCAAACUCAUGCGGGCUCUCGGACCGCUCUAUGGUCAUGUGAUCUAUGAUGUCGGUGUUUAUGCAGGGCAGCCACCUGGAACCUGCUCCUCUUUCAAAUUUUUUAACAGUGGAUUAUUCGUGGCCAGUCGCUUCCCCGUGAUUGAGGCCCGGUACAACUGCUUUACCAACGGCCACAGAGAAGAUGCACUGGCCGCCAAAGGCCUGCUCUCUGUAAAGGUGGAAAUAGGGUUGCAAAAAGGAGACAAGAAAAUGGUUGGCUAUUUUAACUGCACUCACCUACAUGCUCCUGAAGGACAUGGAGGGAUACGCUUUGAGCAGCUCAACAUGCUGACUAAAUGGAUCAAUGAGUUUCAAGCAGGGACCAAGAAAGCUGAUGAAAUGGUGAUAUUUGAUGUGCUGUGCGGAGACUUCAACUUUGACAACUGUUCCCCUGAUAACAAUCUGGAGCAAAGGCACGGUCUGUUUGAAGACUACAGAGACCCCUGCAGAGCUGGACCGGGUCAAGAGAAGCCCUGGGUCAUUGGGACCCUAUUGGAACAACCAACACUCUAUCAUGAGAAUGUGCUGACCCCCGACAACCUGCAGCGAACUUUGGAAAGUGAAGAACUGCGCAGAGGGUAUUUAUCCCCACCGGUCCCCAUGAUCGGCAUCCCCAUGGUUUACCCCGAGCCCAAUCAACCCUGGGUGGGACGUCGGAUUGAUUAUCUUCUGUAUCGAGAGAACUCCAUCUCCAGUCACUGCAAAACAGAAGUGGAAGAGUUUACGUACGUGACCCAGCUGGCUGGUUUGACAGAUCACAUCCCUGUGGGCUUUAGACUCGGUGUCACGCUGGAUUCAGAAGAGAUGUGAAGAUCAUGUACCAUGCAUACUUUCCAGUGGACCAGACCUGCUGACACAUCAGCUAUACUGAAUUCAUGAAAUGCUUUAAAGAUCAAUAAGAGAGGAGAGGAGAGAGAGAGAGAGAGAGAGAGAGAGAGACAAUAACUUUGAAAUACUUGACAUGUGAGGAGAAAAACACCAAAUAUCACAAUUUGAAUUACUAUUUGAACAAAGCAAUAGUUACGACACUCUUUUCUAUGCAUACGCUCAAUCUGUACAGCGCCAGUAAUUUCAGUGGAUCUAUGGAUAGAUACAAAUAGUUUAAAUAGGUUUUUAAUCUGUUACAUUUUUAAGACACUGUUUUACUUUCAUGACAACACAGAAAUGAUUUUGGAAAUAUAUUUAAAUUUAAAAAAAAAAACAAUUUUCAUAACAUCAGAGGUGUUUUGUGGUUGUUGUUAUUAUUAUACUAUAUAUUAUUUAAUAGAAUAUUUAGUAUCUUGGUCUUUCUUGAACCAUAACUAACUUCAAAGCAACUAACUUCAAAGGAAGGAACUUCAAGACCAAAUGGUUCAAUCUUCAGCUUUAUAGCUUCUCAAAAAUAAUACACUAACCAAAAAUAACAUGGUUAUACCAGAAUACCAUGGUGUUCUUUAAAGUGCCAUAUAGUGCUGUGUAAUACUCUUACGUAAGAACAUCAAUUAGUAAAAUGGUAUAUGGUGUAUUAAGCUACUACUGUCAUGUUCUGUCUCCCUCGUGUUUACCUUGGACUCUUAUUUUGAAGUUUCCUCCCGGACUACAUCUCCCACAGUGCACUACCCUCAUCACUACCAGCUGUUCCUCAUCAUCCACACCUGUCUUCCAUCCCCUCAUUAGUUCUAUGUGUAUAAAUACCCUCCAGUUUUGUUCAUUGGUUGUUGGUUCUUGUCCAUGUAAGACUUGUGAUAGUGUGUUUAUUUAGUUUGUGGCACUCCACGUUGUUCUAUAUCUCCAUUGUCUUCAUUAAACCCUGCAAAUAGAUCCAUCGCGUCUUCAUCUUCACUACCACAACUUGUGACAACUACCCUACAAUAGUACUUUUUUUAUUCUUUUUAAAUGUUUUACUCAGAAUCGUAAGAAUAUUUUCCCUCAAUCCACUUUAUUAAAAAAAAAUUAAAUGCGUUGUCAUUUGACUUUUAUUUUGAAAUCCCUUUCGCGUUCUUUGUGACAGGAAUGCGAAACCUGAUUUCACACUCGCAAACAACCGAAAUAUGUUUAAAAUGUUUUAAAAUGAACUUAGAAAGUAGUUACUGCUGUUUGUGUACGCUGCGUGUUAUUUUUAGUUCACAUCAAAAACCUUAUUCACGGAAGCGCCAUCUUUGAUUUGACGGGAAUGACAACGAGGCUGUGAGGGAUAGACGUACAGUCUCUUCAGUGGUUGGACAGUCGUUUAAAGUGUUUCUGGAUCGUUUUGAUUAUGAUAAAUUAGAAAUUUAUUUCCAAGAAAUUUCAGUAGACAAACUCGCACCAAAAGGGCUUUGAUACUGAAGAGUCUAUCCCUCACAGCCUCGUUUUCAUUCACGUCAAAAAUCAAAGAUCGUGCUACUGUGAAUGUUUUUUAUUUUAUUUUUUUAUUUUUUUUUGUGUGUGUGUGUGUCAGCUUGCUCAA